AUGGAUACAAUAGUUUCUUCACAAAUUAAAAAUAAAAUUAAGAGAGAAGAAAUUCAUGCCCGAAGAAAGCAAGAAAAAAACCGUCGUAAAAUGGAAACGAGGCUGAGACGACGGAAAGAAGAAGUUGGCAAUCCAGAAAAAAAAGCGGAGCGGUUAUCAAAAAAUAUUCCUAAAACACUUGAAAACACUCGGGAAUUAGAUGAAACGAUUGUUGACCCUGAUGAUUCUGAAGUUUGCAAAGACGAGGAAUCGGAUGAAUUUUUUACAUACUUUCGAGAAGGGAUAGCACCAAAAAUACUCAUAACUACUAGUAAAAGGCCAUCGAAGGCUGGAUAUGAAUUUGCAUCAGAAUUAAUAGAUGUAUUUCCAAACAGUCAAUUUAUUAAAAGAGAAAGUAAAUAUUCAAUAAAAAGAAUCAUCGAAUUAUGUUCGAAUCGAGGUUUUACAGAUGUUAUGGUAAUAAGCGAAGACAAGAAAAUUCCAAACUCUAUCAUUUUAGUUCAUUUACCUGAAGGGCCUACUGCAUAUUUUAAAUUAUCAAGCAUUAAAUUAAGCCGCGAAGUCGAAGGUCAUGGAAGGUCAUCAUGUCAUAAACCAGAAUUAAUUCUUAAUAAUUUUAAUACACGGCUUGGUCAUACUAUUGGUCGAUGGUUUCAAGCACUUUUUCCUCACGUCCCAGAGUUUCAGGGACGUCAAGUCGCAACAUUCCAUAAUCAACGUGAUUUCAUCUUUUUCCGACGCCACAG